UGGUAACGUAUGUUUGAGACCGACAGCAGAGAGAGAAGUGGACGUUUCUGAGUUUAGCUGUGUGCUAGCUACUCAAAACCAUCGACACAUUGCCUGUCUCUCUGUGUUACUGACGCAGCAUAUACGAUGCCACCCAAAAGCAAAGGCUCAAGUAAAAAGUCUGCCAAGGCAAAGACGCCCACACUGAUAGAUGGCCUCACCAAGGAGGAGAUGUCCAAGGAGCAGCUGGAAGAGCACAUUGUGCACCUUCGAGAGGAGCUGGAUAGAGAGAGGGAGGAGAGAAACUACUUCCAGCUGGAGAGGGACAAGAUCCACACCUUUUGGGAGAUCACGGACAGACAAUUAGAGGAGGUCAAGGCUGAAAGGAAAAACUUGGAUAAGGAAAUAGAAGAGGAUGAGGGUCGCCACCAAGUAGAGAUCAAGGUGUAUAAGCAGAAGAUGAAGCACCUCCUGUGUGAACACCAGAACACGAUCUGUGAGUUGAAAGCCAAUGGUUUAGUCUCCACUGAGGUGGUGCAGCAAGAGCAAGACAAAUUAGAGACUGAACUUCACAGGAAAAUGAGGGACAUCAUGGUAGACAUGCAGGAGCUCGACAAUGAAAAACUUGUCAAGGAACUUGAACUGAAACAUGAUGAAGAAAUGACUGAAACAAGGAACAGAUUGGAGAAGCAACUCGCAGAAAUUGAAGCCAAGUAUGAGAAAAAGAUGGAGUUUCUGCCACGAGAGCUGGACAACAUGAAGAAAAAUGAGAUCAGUGAAAGAGAGGAACAUUGGAGCAGCCACAUCAACGCUCUUAAAGAAAACCACAACCAAGCUUUCAGUGAGGCUAAUCUACUCCUUAAUCGCAUGCAGGACGAUUCGAAAAUAAAUAUUUCACUCAAGAAAGAAAUUAAUGAACUGAGGGAGAAACAGGUGUACAAGGAAAAGGCCCUGGCUCCUAUUGUGCAGAAGAACAAGCGUCUCGCUGAGCUUAUCUCAAACGUGAAGAAGGAAAUGGCUGAAAAUGAGAGAAAAAUGAAAUGCUACGUGACGACAAAGGGUUAUGACACCAGUGAAACGGUCAGACAAAAGGAGCUGAAGGAUCUGAAAUGGGAUCAUGAGGCACUGGAACAGAAAUUCAGCAAGCUUCAGCUGGAAAGGGACGAGCUGUACACGACAUUCACUCAGAAUCUUCAGAAGACGCAGCAUAAAGCAGGUGUGAAGAGCAUGCUGCUGGAGAGGAAGCUGAAAUCUCUGACAGACAGCCUGGAGAAGACGCAGGCUCAGCUCAGCUCGGUGCUCGCUGCCUCCAACAUGGACCACAUCGCCCUCAGCGGGGUCACAAACAAAAUCGAGGAAAAGUUUGACUUCAGUAAUAAUUCCAUCAAGAACUUACAGUGUGAAAAAGCUCAGAUUUCCAAGGCCCGUAGGGAGAUGCUGCUGACCUAUGAAGCAAAGCAAAGGGCUUUGAAGGCCUUUGACAGCAGUCUCACUGGGAGAAGUCAAGACUUGGAUUUUGGGUUUGCCCUAAAAUGAGAAGCAAUGAAAUGAAAGACUGAACCAUUUACAGCAAAUCUCACUUUCUUUGCAUGUGAUCUCUUUAGAACCUUUAGAACCUGACAUGUUGAUGUUCAGUAACACAAAAAUGUAAACAUGAAGUGUUGUUUACUCUGAAUUAUGACUUGGUAUCUUGUAUUUAUAAGAAAAUAAUGGUUGUGGAGUUUAUAGUAUUACGUCCAUCAUGCCCUUUUCCAGUGCGUUCCAAAGACAGAGACACGUACUAAUUGAGUCAGUGACGUUAAGAAAAAAGGAUUUAAAGUUUUCACACUGACUGGCAAACUGUAUGGCAGAUAAAAAGAUUGUAAUGCCUUUAAUUUAUACCCUUUGGGCUAAUUAUUUUACCCCUAAAAUAAUUUCCAUAGACCAAAUAAUAACUAAAAGCUGCACUCUGGCAGGGAAAACAUUUGCAAACCAAAUGUGUUACUGCCUAUUAUUUUUUCCAUAAUCAUUUAUAAAAUAGAUCAUAGAGUAUGUAAUGUACUUUUAGUUUGCUGCGUGUCUGUCCAUAUGUAGGAUGUAUAUUGAAUAAAUUAAUAUAGAAUUAAAUACAUCGAAAUAUGUGAUUUAAAAGAGGCUUAAAACCAAAUCGCAUGAAUCCCACUGGUCCCACUGACUGCUAAGCUAAAUACAGUACUAGUUAAAUGACUAAUUCAGCUGUUUUAGUUCUCUGAUCUCUAUUGUAGCAAAUGCAACUUUGCAUGCUGUUUCCAUAGAAUUUGCAAUGAUGGCAAUGUGGCACAACAAAUCUUCAGUGCAGUGGUGGUCCUCUAGAGUUAGUACAUUUACUAUUUAAACCAUGUAUUCUGUUGGUGGUAUUUGUCAAGUGUUUAAUUUCAGCGAAUGAGCAACAGGUGUCACUGUCCACUUACUUUAUGACUGUUUCUUUUUGUGUUUUUAAGUGUGUCCAUAACCGACACCAGAAACGACUUGGACAAGGCAUGGAGACAUAUUUGAAUUGUGCAGAUAAUUUGUCUAAUUUUAAAUCUAAUUUUGUAACCUUUUUGCGGUAACUCCCAUUCGCUGAACUGAACCUGAACUUCAUUAUUUUGUUAUUGCUAGAAAUAAAGAGAAGCUCUCCAACCAUUCCCUGCCAUAGCACAUCCAUAUGUACUACAGGACACAACCCGUAUAUAAUGGGAAACCAUCAAAGGAAACCUGCAGAGCUACUCAGCUAUAAAACAUUUAAAAUGUUUACUAUAAUGUAGAGCUGUUGUAGCUUAAACAUGCAAUGUGCAGCCGUUUUAUGUUGUAAAAAAUUAAUCAAAGUAUCUCAAACAGGGUUGGGAGCAAGAAAACGUGGGCAUCCCUACUGUUGACUCAACUCUUUGACUUUCCAACAAGGAAUUUUGAAAUAACCUCAUAGAGGCUUUAUGCGCCCCCUGACCGCUAAGACCCCUGGGCCCAUGCCAGGUAGGUCGGUUCAUUAAUCCAUCCCUGCAUGGCGAGAGAUACACAUCUGUACAGGGAGGGGGUUGUCUUUAAAAAAACAUUUUUAAUAAAGCCUCUGCCUUCUGUAUCAACAUUUUAAAUUCAUGUGGAAUUCAACAAAGUGAGUUCAAGGUAUAGGUGACUUAUUAUUAUUAUUAUUAUUAUGUUACUGUAAAUUCAUUAAUGUCUCCCACAGAUUCAACAAGAAGUGCCUUUGAUUUUGAUCAUUUGUAAAGCACAAAAGGACAUUAUGUUUGAAGAUGUAUGUUCAAUACAAUAAGGGUUAUUGCUGCUUUAUGAACGAUAAGCCUGUGUGGUGUGCUUUUUACAGCUAACUGAGCCACAUGCUGAUGUUCAAAUGAAGCUUCUGGCUCACAGCAGCAGCUUUAUCAUUUCAACAGCUUCCUGCAAUCUGUACUUGGUGAUGGGUUUAUAGCCGGCUGUGUAGACAUGUAAUACAUACUAGUGCUGUAAAACUUCUGUUAAAGUCCUUUACAGUCCAGUUAUAAUUUAAUUAAAUUAAUUAUAAUUACAGCAGUUGUUUUUGUUUUCAUAUUUUGGUAUUUGGGUUCUCAAUAUGGAUGGAUCACAUGAAGGGGAUUAUGGAUUUGAGGUCACUCUAGAAAACAAGAACUACAGUGGAGGUCAUUCAACAUUAAGUGAUACAAAUAAAACAAACAAGAAACACCACAUUGAUUUGUUAUCUGACAGUUAAAGUGGAUGGUCUUUAUACCAAUCUACGAUUCUAUCGAUCUAUGAAAGUGUUGCAGAAAAUGGGACUAAAAUCUUAAUUUGACAUUCAACUACUGGCAACUACAAUUUAAUUUGAUUGAUUGAUUAUACUUCUGUCCCAGAUGUGAAAUAGAAGUGGGACAUUUUAUGCAUGUGUUUUGGAACUGCAGCCAUUUGUUUUUGAAACCUUGACUACAGCAAUCAAAGAAUGUAGACCCUUGUCUUUUCCCUUUUGGGGAUAUUUAUAUAUUUACAACCUUUACCAAACAUAUUAAAAUGUUUCUAAUAAUACUAAUAACAGUAGCCAAUACGUGCAGUAGAAAUAAUCAGUAUAAUUUCGGUCUAAUGAAUUGUUAUCCUGUGUUCUAUACAAAAAAGCUUUGUACAAUUAAAACAAAACAUAAACAAUUCAUUUGAUAAAGAUUAAGGU